AAACAGAAAAAUUAAACGAACAAAUUCCACUCCGAAUUCUACCCAGAUAAUAACAAUUCAUAAUCUCCAAAACCCAGAUUUCGGAUUUGAAUUUCAAUCGACGAAGAACGAAGAAAAAUUCUCUGGGUAUUCCUAAAGAGAGAGAAAAAACAGAGAAAAACAGAGAGAGAAGCAAUGAAGAAACAGAGCAGUUCCUCACAAUCAUCCUCGGCAAAGCUCCAAUCAGUUUUGCCAUAUCAGACCCCAAGACUCAGAGACCACUAUCUGAUGGGGAAGAAGCUUGGGCAAGGCCAGUUUGGGACCACAUAUCUCUGCACCGAGAAAUCAACUGGCUCUCUCUACGCCUGCAAGUCCAUCCCAAAACGCAAGCUCCUCUGCAGGGAGGACUAUGAAGACGUUUGGAGGGAGAUUCAGAUCAUGCACCAUUUGUCUGAGCACCCAAAUGUGGUACGGAUCAAAGGCACAUACGAAGACAAUGUGUUCGUGCACUUGGUAAUGGAGCUCUGUGCUGGGGGAGAACUGUUUGAUAGGAUUGUCCAGAAAGGGCAUUACAGCGAGAGGGAGGCUGCCAAGCUCAUCAAGACUAUUGUUGGGGUUGUCGAGGCAUGUCACUCUCUUGGUGUCAUGCACAGAGAUCUCAAGCCCGAGAAUUUCUUGUUCGAUAGUCCUGGUGACGAUGCCAAGAUGAAGGCUACGGAUUUUGGCUUGUCUGUCUUUUAUAAGCCAGGACAAACCUUUUCUGAUGUAGUUGGAAGUCCAUAUUAUGUUGCGCCUGAGGUGUUGUGCAAGAAUUAUGGACCUGAAGUGGAUGUAUGGAGUGCGGGCGUGAUACUUUACAUCCUACUCAGUGGAGUUCCACCUUUUUGGGCAGAAACUGAAUCAGGGAUCUUCAGACAGAUUUUACGUGGUAAAGUAGAUUUUGAAUCUGAACCAUGGCCUAGUAUUUCAGAUAGUGCAAAAGAUCUGAUAAAGAAGAUGCUCGAAAGAGACCCGAAAAAAAGAAUAUCUGCCCAUGAAGUCCUAUGCAACCCAUGGAUUGUGGAUGACAGAGUUGCUCCAGACAAACCUCUAGAUUCUGCAGUUUUGUCCCGCCUGAAGCAGUUCUCAGCAAUGCAUAAACUUAAAAAGAUGGCUCUUCGUGUUAUUGCUGAGAGACUUUCAGAGGAAGAAAUUGGUGGUUUGAAAGAGUUGUUCAAAAUGAUUGACACAGACAACAGUGGAACAAUAACAUUUGAGGAACUUAAGGAAGGUUUGAAAAGAGUGGGUUCUGAACUAAUGGAAUCUGAAAUCAAGUCUCUUAUGGAUGCGGCUGAUAUAGACAAUAGUGGUUCAAUAGACUAUGGUGAAUUUCUUGCUGCUACUUUGCACUUAAAUAAGAUGGACAGAGAGGAGAAUUUAAUGGCCGCCUUCUCCUUUUUUGACAAAGAUGGCAGUGGUUACAUCACAAUUGAUGAGCUUCAACAGGCCAGCAAAGAGUUUGGUCUAGGUGAUGUCCAUCUUGAUGAUCUGAUCAAAGACAUUGAUCAAGACAAUGAUGGGCGAAUAGAUUAUGGAGAGUUUGCAGCAAUGAUGAGAAAGGGUGACGAAGGCAUCGGGAGGAACAGAACCAUGAGAGGGAAUUUGAACUUCAAUCUGGCUGAGGCAUUUGGAGUAAAUGAGCCAAAAUGAGCCAGCAGUACUAACCGAAACAAGUCUUUUUGUACAGUUAGAGCACCUUCUGAUCUUUUGGUUGUGGUUUUUGACGGAGAAAUCAAUUUGACCUGUACAGAAGGAGCAGAAUGAAGUUGAUUUUCAGUAAUGAUAAAAGAGGAACAUCAUCGUUAUGGAGGUCAAUGAUCCGAAAAAAGUAAUGACCUGAAUAUGAUCUUUGUCUUGUUUUCUUCAUUAACAAUUUCCGGAAUUGUAUGAUAUUCAUCCAUUAGUUAACAAUUAUUUAUUUGCUAGUUCUUAGUCUAUGGUUUGGAAAUGGAUGAAAGUAUUUUGACCAAACAAAUUCUUCACUCUUCAGUAAGAUGUUAUAAGAGGAUCAUUAUUGCCUUUUUGUUGCUA